ACUUCCACCUUACUACCAUUGUCAGGCUGAGCAGCAUCACGUACAAGGAAGUAUGACUUUCUAGCUUCCUUAAUCACGCCUGUCUACAAUGAGCAGGAGGCAGACUGCAGACUGACGGGACAGGAGUGUGAUGAUGGCACGAUUCAUAAGGAGGCCAAGAGUGGAGGUCUGUCUUGUAAACGUGACUGUGAAGAUGACAAAGAGAGUGGGAAUGCACGUGGACGUCUUAUCAUGGCCCACUUCUCCCACUGUGGGCGUCUCCUUGGCCUGACGGUGGCGGCAACAGAAGCGCGAAGACUCUCCUUGGCCGGUGGUCAGAACGCGACCAGAGGCGAGUUUCCGUGGUUGGUGACCCUGGAGCUGCACAACACGCAGAGCAGCUGGCACAAGUGUGACGGCGCACUGGUGACCAAACAGUGGGUGCUCACCGCCGCCCACUGCGUCGAUUCUGAGAGACCCGAGUAUCUGCAGGUGGUCAGCGGCGAGUAUAACAGAGACCUUGAAGAGGGCACUGAGCAAAGGCAUCAAGUUGACAACAUCGUCAUUCAUCCCGAAUUUGUUCACGCACACUGGAUAGGCUACAAGACGCCUUACAUCAACGACGUGGCGCUCCUGCAUCUCACCCACGAAGUUAGGAUCGACAAUUACACCAAGCGGAUAAUCCUCGAUCCCGGCACCUUCACCAUCAUUGGUACGAGGUGUAUUGAGGCUGGCUGGGGGACGACCACGGAAGGAAGGAACAUGUCCAAUACCCUGCGAUACGUUAGUGUGCCUGUUCGACCUCUUGAGGAAUGUGAGAGGGCUUACAAUAUGUACAUCCACGAAAACGCCGUCUGUGCCGGCAGCGUGCAUUAUGGCGUCGGGUUCUGUACGGGUGACAACGGCGGGGGCCUGAUCUGUUAUGACCCGUACAACCAGGAGUACGUGCUGAGCGCCGUGCUCUCGUGGCGCGAGGGAUGUGCUGUACACAACAAACCUGCACUGUAUAUGGACGUGCUUCCCUACUUGGAGUGGUUCGUCAACGUUAUCGGCGAUGAUAUCUUUUGGCCUGAGCAUGAAGGAGUCUAGAAUACAAAAUAUCGAAAUAGGUUUCCCAUUUAAGUUCUUAAAAUGUUUAAGUUUAGAAUGUUUUAAGUUUAGAAUGAGUGCAAAAUAAUAUAGGGACAUGACUAUUGCUCAUUAAUUUUCUUUGUGUUAAGUCACUAGGGAGCUUCAAAAGUUCAAUCUCAUGGAUAAGGAUGAUAGGUGGAAAUAGGUAGGUAUGUUUCAUGCAGGGACUGUCAAGUACGUGUUGGCUUCAUGACAAUUUACAGUUUCCCUUAUUUUCUUCUCUUCUUAAUUUUAUGUAUCUUAUUUAUUUAUCUAUUUUAUCAUCUUAUUAUUAUUUUGAGGUCUGUUACCUGAACUAUUGCUAUUAUUAUUAUUAUUAUCAUUAUCAUUAUUAUAAUUAUUAUUGUUGUUGUUGUUGUUGUUGUUGUUGUUGUUGUUGUUGUUGUUGUUGUUGUUGUUGUUGUGGCCAGUGUAAUGAGUAAUGAAGUGGAGGAAACAAUAACUAGACUAAUUAGUUAUUUGGAUAAUGAGAGAGAGAGAGAGAGAGAGAGAGAGAGAGAGAGAGAGAGAGAGAGAGAGAGAGAGAGAGAGAGAGAGAAAAUUAAUUAUGUCCUUCACCAAACAUGUCUACUGAUGACGAUGAUAAGUGAACGGCUUGACGGGAGCUUUGCGUAACAACUGAACUAGUGUGUUUGAGUCAUAUCAGAAACUGGUGAAGGGAUUGAGGCAACCAAUAACCUACACAUUAUCGUAUCCCUAGUCCCUAAGCUUAGAGAAGAGAGAGCAAGGAAGGAUUAACGUAUUAGGAGGCAAUAAACAGGAUAAAAAAAAAAAAGAAAACAAGAAAUGGAGUUGAAAAGAGUGAAAAAUAGAAUGAAAAAUUAUAUAUAAAUAUCCGUUUAUCUAUAUUGGCCGGUGAUCCCGUACGGGGUGGUCCACACUCCUAUACAUAUCAUUCACAUUUUUAGCUCCGUCUGCAAAUGAUGGAGAGGGGGUUUGGCCAUAUACUAAAAAAAAUAAUAAUAAUAAUAAAAAAAAAUAAAAGGA